GUGGCUUCCCCGAACCGGCCGCAUACAAAAAGCCAAGGGGAGUCGCUCCAAACCCCCUUACAAGCUUAGACUACUUACGUCGUACGACCAUGUCUCCAUCAGCUCAAACGACUACCAUCGCCAACGGUGUUACCAAUGGCAAACAAAUCUUCAAGAAAACAACUCCAAAGUACACAUCCGAGGACGUCAUGAGUAUGGAAACCGAAUAUGGUGCUCACAAUUACCACCCCUUGCCUGUUGUAUUUGACCGUGCAAAGGGAGCAAAAAUAUGGGAUCCAGAAGGCGUCGAGUACAUCGACAUGUUGUCUGCCUACUCGGCAGUCAACCAGGGCCACUGCCAUCCGAAAAUCCUCCAAACCCUCGUUACCCAAGCCCAGACCCUCACCCUCUCCUCACGAGCAUUCUACAACUCCGCUUUCGCCCCUUUUGCCCAACAUAUCACCAACCUCUUCUCCUACGACAUGGUUCUACCCAUGAACACAGGCGCAGAAGCCGUCGAGUCCGCAAUCAAACUUGCCAGACGUUGGGGUUACGGAACGAAAGGGAUCCCAGCGAACCAAGCGAUAGUUUUAUCUGCGGAAGCCAACUUCCAUGGCCGUACGGUGGGAAUUAUCUCCAUGUCCACGGAUCCCGAUGCACGAGAAGGGUUUGGACCGUACUUGGAAGGAGUUGGGUGUGAGUAUAUGGAUGGGGGGAGGAAGAGGAGGGUUAGGUAUGGUGUUAUUGAGGAUUUGGAGAGGGCAUUGGAACUCUAUGGAGAGAGGGUUGCCGGAUUCUUGGUUGAGCCGAUUCAAGGGGAGGCCGGUGUGGUCAUCCCGCCCCCAGGAUAUCUCACGGAAGUCGCCAGUUUAUGCAAGAAACAUAAUGUCCUUUUCAUUUGUGAUGAGAUACAGACUGGACUUGGAAGGACGGGGAAGAUGUUGGCGUGUCAAUGGGAGAAUGUGAAGCCGGAUGUGAUAUUGCUUGGAAAGGCAUUGAGUGGAGGAGUCUACCCGAUCUCAGCCCUCCUGGCCUCCCGUUCUGUCAUGCUGAGCUUCACUCCAGGCUCCCAUGGGUCCACCUACGGCGGCAACCCCUUAGCUUGCGCCGUCGCUACCACCGCUCUCAACGUCAUCAUCGAAGAAGACCUCUGUGCCCGCUCUCUCAAACUCGGCGAACUCUUCCGUUCCCUCGUAUCAGCCCUCCAAUCCAAACACCCCCGUAUCAAAGAAGUCAGAGGUAGAGGACUCUUCAAUGCCGUUGUCAUUGAGGAGAGGGAGGGAAGAGGAGCUUGGGAGAUGUGUUUGUUGAUGAAACGACGAGGAGUGUUGGCGAAGCCUACUCAUGGGGAUACGAUCAGGUUUAGUCCGCCGUUGGUUAUUGAGGAAGAGGAUUUGAGAAAGGCGGUUGAGGUUAUUGAUGUUUGCCUUGAGGAACUGGAGAGUGUGGAGGAUGAUGUGUUGAAGAGGUUGGAUCCUUGAAUGGCAUUGGGGGAGUGGAGGGGAGCGGGUUUUAAGCACGAGAGCACUGUCGGUGGUCGGGGAUUUUUUCUUUAGUUAAAAAUGCCCACUCUAUCACUGACACCGCACACCGAUCCUAAAACGCAGUUCUCCUUCUGCGUGUGUUCCUCAAUCAGAGGAAAGAGGACAGAGCUGGAUUUUUUGGGGUUGUUUACGAUCCCGAUGCAAUCCACUGGCGGUUGUGCUUUGCUUUUAUUCCGUUUGUCUUGUGUAAUUUGUACCGUUGACGAUACGUUUCUUUUUUUGUUAAUGUCAUUGAAUACAUAUGUAGUUGCUACUGUUGGUCGUUGA